UUGGCAACUUGGGAGUCGCCUUCAAACUGACGCUGGCUGGGGGAAUUCUGGGAGCUGAAGCCCACCCCUCUUAAAAGCUGCUGCUGAUACAGAAUGCCAAGUUCACACAUCAGCCCGGGGAAAGGGUGUGUCCCUUUAGGAAAAAGCUAAGGAAGAGCUCUUUGCACAAUCAACGGUGCAAGCCUGGCUGGCGCUGCCCCCAUCUGGGCGUUGCAGGGAGCGCUCCCCCUCCCUCCCUCCCUCCCCCCAUUGACGCACAUCUGCUAAGUCAGAGCCUUCUGCUCCAAUCCGGCCUUGCCAACUGCAGCUGGCUUUCUGGGGUGCCCAGGCCUGUCCCAGCCAAAAGGGGCUGGAAGGGGGGGGGCGGGAAUCCCCUUAUCCAUUUAGCCCAGCCCCCUGCAACCCCCCCCUCCUCCUGCCCCCGCGGGACUUUCUUGCGGGAGUUUUGCAAAGUCUGCGCAGCCUUGCAAAUCGCCCCGAGGCUCCGCGCGGGCGCUUAGCGCGGCCGGAGAAACGGGGGGGGGGUCUCUUCCCCUCCACCACCCCGGACCCCGGCCGUUUAAGAAACCCCUUCCCCACUUCUGACUCUCCAAGGCCCUUCCUCGCCCAUCUGAGCCGUUGCAGAAAAGGCUCGGGGCGCAAAGCGGCGCGCAAAGAGAUCCUGCAGCAGCAGCGCAGCGGGCAGCAGCAGCAGCACGUGUCGGCCCGCCUCGGAGGCGCCUCCCCGGCCCGCCCCACCGGCCCCCUGGCCGGAGAGCCAAAGGAGGGACGUUUCCCCCGGAGGCUCACAUGACCGAGGCCAGCGAUGGACCGAGAAGAAGGGCCCGAAGCGAGCCCGGGAGGAGCCGCGGACUUGGGGGAGCCUCCGGUCAGUGACCCCAAGGACCCAGAAGAACCUCCGAUGCAGAAGCCUCCUGGAAGCCCCUUGGUUCUCCCUCACACCUUGCAGGAGCUCUUGAGCAAAGACACCGUUCAAGUGCAGUUAAUCCCGGAGAAAAAAGGCCUGUUUUUGAAGCACGUGGAAUAUGAAGUCUCCAGCAAGCGUUUUAGGUGCUCCGUUUACCGGCGAUAUAACGACUUUGUGGUUUUCCACGAGAUGCUCCUUCAGAAGUUCCCCUACCGUAUGGUCCCUGGCUUGCCUCCCAAGAGGAUGUUAGGAGCUGACCGAGAAUUCAUCGAGACCAGACGCCGUGCCUUGAAGCGUUUCAUCAAUCUGGUGGCGCGACACCCUCCUUUUUCAGAAGAUGUGCUUCUGAAGUUCUUCCUCUCGUUCAGUGGGUCGGAUGUUCAGAACAAGCUGAGGGAGUUGGUCCAAGGUGUGGGGGACGAAUUCAUGACGUGCAAGUUCGCAAUGCAGGCAAAGGAAUACUUGCCAACAGACAUCCAACUCCAGUUUGCGGCCAGCCGAGAAUUGAUCAGAAACAUCUACAACAGCUUUUACAAACUCAGGGACCGGACUGAGCGGAUAGCAUCCCGGGCAGUGGACAAUGCCUCAGACCUUCUCCUUUUUGGGAAGGAACUAAGUGCUUUGGGCUCGGACACGACCCCGCUGCCUUCCUGGGCGGCUCUGAACCACAGCGCCUGGGGCAACCUGAAGCAGGCGCUGAAAGGCCUGUCCGUGGAAUUUGCCAUGCUGGCCGACAAAGCCGUUCAGCAGGGGAAACAGGAAGAGAACGACGUAGUGGAGAAACUCAACCUCUUCCUGGACUUGCUGCAGUCUUAUAAAGAUCUGUGCGAGAGGCACGAGAAGGGGGUGUUGCACAAACACCAGCGGGCUCUGCACAAAUACAGCAUGAUGAAGAAGCAGAUGAUGAGCGCCACGGUGCAGAACAAGGAGCCGGAGUCGGUGGAGCAGCUGGAAUCCCGGAUUGUGGAGCAAGAGAAUGCAAUCCUGACCAUGGAGCAGCGUAACUACUUCUCCCUCUACUGCCUUCACCAAGAGACCCAGCUCAUCCACAUUUACCUUCCGCUCACCUCCCACAUCUUGGGGGCCUUUGUCAACUCGCAGAUCCAAGGCCACAAAGAGAUGAGCAAAGUGUGGAAUGAACUGAAACCCAAGCUGAGCUGCCUCUUUGCGGGAAGCAGCGACCUGCUGAUGCUCCCCUUGUCUGCCCCAGAGGACAAUUUCCUUCCCAGUUAAUGUUUUUGGGAUUCAGGAUGGGAGGAGCUGGAAGGAAGGGGCUGCCCUUCAUGACACUUAACCGCACCUGUCCAGGUAUUCUUCUUUUGGCAAAUCCUUGCUUUGCCUCCCAGAGCCUGAUUUGAGGUUGUGCGUGUGUGUGUCCCACAAUCUCCAGUAUGUAGAGCUGUGGUUUUUUGUUUUUUUUUCAAAGACUUUUUUGUGUUUUGUCAUUUUUAACAUCGACUGUGAAGGCUCAACAGCAGCCCUCGGGGCAGGUUUGGGGAUAACAGAUUGGGUUGGGUGACCCCCUCCACUCCAGGAAUAAAACUCAUAAUUUCAUGAGGGUUAGGGCCGGGCAGCAAAUAUAUGCACCAUUGAUUAAACGGGCACAGAGUUUCCUUAAGCAGCAUUCUGAGCGAAGCGACCAUCGUGAGUUUUUUCCUCUUACUUUGUUUUGAAAAGCCAGAUAUUUCAGUGGAACAGAAGCAUAACUUUAGGGACACGUAUGCUUCAACGGUAGACGGGUGGCUGUGUGACUCCGUGCCACUUAAGAAACGGCCAGCUGCCUCAUAGAGGACUAGACUCAUGAAUUCAUCUCUCAAAACACACUUCCAGCCUCUCAAACUUCUUAGAACUACGGCUAAUCCUGUAGUUCUGACUUAUGCCAGCUCGUUUAAUGGCCACUUGAAAGAACUUUCUAAAAGCCAUUUUUAAUGAUGUAGCAAACUUCUUUUAACAAGAAGUGAUGUGUGAUGAACCAAACCCAAAUGGCUAACCCUAUUUGCCCAGAUCUGGUACACAGGAGCACAUUUCAACAAUAUGCUGGCUUACAGGCGCCGGAUACUAGCUGGCAUUUGACCAGCUUUCAAAGACACGUUUGUGUCCAGCGUUUGCAUAAGUCAGUCCUUCUCACGUGUAUACCUCAUACCUACCUUCCUUUUGAAUGAACGCAAACCCAGGAGUUUAAAGAGAUGGGAUGUUGUGUGUUGCUCUAAAACAAAUAUUUCUCAACCUUGGCCACUUUAAGAUAGCCAUAGCACUUAAGACGUAUAUACCGCUUCACAGGGCUUUUACAGCCCUCUCUAAGCAGUUUACAGAGUCAGCCUCUUGCCCCCAACAAUCUGGGUCCUCAUUUGACCCACCUUGGAAGGAUGGAAGGCUGAGUCAAGUCUGAGUUGAUCGGGAUCGAACUGCUGUCAGUGGGCAGAAUUAGCCUGCAAUAUUGCAUUCUAGCCACUGUGCCAACAGGGAAGGAAAGGAAGAAAGGAAGGAAGGAAAGAAGGAAGGAAGGGCCAUUGCAAUAGCAUUUAGACUUAUAUAGUGCUUCACAGUGCUUUCCAGCCCUCUCCAAGCGGUUUACAGAGUCAGCCUAUUGCACCCCCAACAAUCUGGGUCCUCAUUUGACCGACCUCAGAAGGAUGGAAGUCUGAGUCGACCUUCAGCUGGUGAGAUUCGAACUGCCAAACUGCUGGCAGCUGGCAGUCAGCCAGAAUUAGCUGAUGGGUUGACUUCAACUCCCAGAAAUUCCCCAACCAGCCACAUUGGCUGGGGAGUUCUGGGAGUUGAAGUCCACAAGUCUUAAAGGGGCCAAGACUGCGAAUUUCUGAUGUAAAGAUUUCUUCGUAGCAUCCAUGGGGCAGAUUCCUUCUCCUGUCCACUUGUGUUCCUCAUCAAAGCUAUCCAAAGCUUGGCUGAAUGUGUUGACCAGCUAAAUAUAGUGCCUUAUUCCAAUAUAGGUUUUUAAACCUCUAGACAAAUCUCAUCUUACUAAUCAAAAUGAUCCUUGCUUAGCUUCAAAGUCUCGGUUAAGUUGCCCAGGGGCUACCAGCCCUGAAGCCAUCUAUAGCAGUGUUCAAAAUUGUGGAAACCUUUUGGGAAAAGUGUAUUUUCUAAAACUAGCUAAUAACACCAUUUUUUGGGGGGGAGUAGUACCAUAAAAUUAUAUAUCAAUGGAAAGAUAAUUUAAUCAGAAAUGUAAUGCAAUAACUUUUAUGAAGCGUUUGCUAUUAGAAUAGCAGUUACAGUAGAAAGAAGAAAAGUGAAACACGUAGAAAAAAAAUGAGAUUUACAAAAAUGAUCACCCUAGAAAAAACGAGAUAUACAAAAUUUUUCACCAUGUCAGUUAAUCCUUAGUUGGGUAACCUUUAGCAUGUGUUACGGCCUUACAACGUCUUCCCAUGGAGCGAACCAAGUCUUUGAGUUCUGCAGCUGUUCUAAUGUGAAACCAAGAUUGAAUGAUGGCAUCUAUUAACUGGGUUUUGUUGCUGGAUCGCUUCUGACUAACAAGUUUCUUUAGUCAGCUCCAUAGAUUUUCAAUUGUGUUAAUUCCCAGGCCAUCCCAGCAGUUAGAUAGGAUUAUCUUGAAACUCCAAAAAAAAAAAAAAAGUGGUGUUAUUAACCAUCAAACUUUUUUGCCAUCAAAAGUACACUUUUCCCAGAAGGUUUCCACAAUUUUGGCCACUACUGUAAAAGGAGAUUGUUGUUUGGUUCAUGCCUAGUUAAAUAAACAAACAAAUAACAGCUGUAAAACUUGUUCUGCUGGAUUAAAAAUAAAAAUCCAACUGCUACGAGGAAAGCCACCUCUCUUCUCUUCAAGAAAAGAGAAGGUCAUGAAGUUUAUUUUUGAGGAAGUUCUAUUUAAAGUGGGACCAUGGAACAUUUUUUUAAAAAGCAAGAUGAUUAAGGCUUCAGGACAAAAGAAGCAACCUGAAGGGACUAAACGCCAAAUUCUCAGGAAAGUAAAUUGUCUUUUUUUGUGUGUUUUCCAAGUCACAUUUUUGGUUUGUGGCGGUGGGUGGGCUUUCUCCAGCCUCCUGGCAUUUAAUCUGACAUUUUAUAAAAGAGUGUUCACUUUGCAAAAAAAAGUAUUGUUUUUUUUUAAAACGAAGCACUUUAUGAAACGGCAGAAUGUCUUUUCAUUCCCACUUGGUAGACCUUAAUAAAUGUUUACGGAGUCUGACAUCCACAGGCCCCCGGCCCCAAAAGUUGCAAAAAAAAAAUAAAUCUAUUUGUAAGAAGAGAAACGUAAAAACUCUAUUAAAAAAGUUUGAAAGUU